AUGGCUCAAAAGCGAGGAGAGACACGAGCAGUAUGCUUGGGCAUUGGAAUGAUCAUAUGUUCUGUAAUGAUGUUUUUUCUAUUGGGAGUCACCGUUCUACCCAAGUAUAUAAAAAGCGUGUGGACUGCUGAAUCUACAUGUACCCUUGUACAAGCAACUUUCAAAGACAAAACGAACUGUAUCCAUAACAGCAAUACAAAACCUGAAAGUAUUUUAAAAUACCCAUGCUUGGAAGUGUUGGUAAAUCUUAAUUUUUCAGAAGACAUUUUUAUGCUCUAUCAUACUGAAGAAUCUCCAGAAUGGAACAACAAGUGUUCCUACAUACCUGAAUGCAAGCAAAACUACACAGAAAUGGUAAUACACAUACAAGAAAUUCAAAGAAAAUUUAAUAAAUCUUCUUCAUUUGUUUGCUAUUUUGACCCAAAAGGAAGACAUAAAAGUACUAUUUUAAUGAGAAAAUUUGGACCCCAGAAGAUGAUUUCAUACUUUUUUUGGCCAACAUCGAUGUUUGCUGUUGGACUUUGUGUGGUUAUUAUUGUUAAAAUCAGCCAGUAUUUUGCCAUGGUUUCUUUGCAAGCAAACAAAGCACUUGAAAUUGUCAAAGCCUAA